AUGGCCGAGCUCAAGUCGCUGGGCGGCGAGGCGUACCUGGCGCUGGCCCCGGGCUACGGCCCGUCGGCUUUCGGCUACGGCUCCGUGCGCGGCGGCGCCGAGGGCCCGCGGGGCGCCUACCCGGGGGGCGGCGGGGCGGACUUCCACCCCGGGGCGCUGGGCAAGUCGGCGGAGAGUAGCGGCGAGCAGAGCGGCGACGAGGAGGACGGCUUCGAGGCCGGGGUGAAGGGCGGCGCGGCCUUCGAACGAGAGGGCAAGCUGAAGGGGGGAGCCCUGGGCAAGAAGCCCAAGGAGCAGCGCUCGCUGCGCCUCAGCAUCAACGCGCGGGAGCGGCGGAGGAUGCACGACCUGAACGACGCCCUGGACGGGCUGCGCUCCGUCAUCCCUUACGCCCACAGCCCCUCGGUGCGGAAACUCUCCAAAAUCGCCACCCUGCUCCUGGCCAAGAACUACAUCCUCAUGCAGGCGCAGGCCCUGGAGGAGAUGCGGCGGCUGGUGGCCUACCUGAACCAGGGCCAGACGCUGAGCACGCCGCUGCCCGCCACCCUCAACCCCUUCGGACAGUCGGCCGUCUACCCCUUCGGCGGCGCGGCCUUGCCCGGCUGCCCCGAGAAAUGCACUGCCUUCACAGGAGCCGCCUCCGCCCUCUGCAAACACUGUAACGACAAGCCUUGA